CUCAAGCAGAGCCUCGUCAUGCUCACUGCUAUCAGGCUCCGGUCGCGACUCGCUCUGCAAUGCACGUCACCAUCUCGUUUUUACAGCGUUUUGCCAGACGAUCUCAGGUCUGAAUUGACGGCCCACUCGAUUCGAGCCAUGAAGAAUCGGGAUAAGGUCCGCUCAACGACUAUCCGCUCUGUCCUUGCCGAAAUCUAUCUGGGGGACAAGGCCGCAGGCGGUAAACUCCCACCCGCAGGCAUAGUUUCUGUGCUGAAAAAAUCAGUUGCACGUAGGACUGAAGCCGUCACUCAAUUCACUGCAGCUGGCCGAACUGACUUGGCCGAAAAGGAACAGGUCGAAAUCGACAUCCUCUCUUACUACCUGCCUACACUGCUUUCCGAGACAGAUAUCGACAGACAUCUGAGCGACGUUUUCAAAACUCUGGCUGACGAGGGGAACACUUCUCCUAAGCUAGGCGAUGUAUUCAAGCUAUUUUACAAGACCGUCGACAAGUCUGUUGUAGACCCGAUCAUGGUGAAGAAGAAAGCGGAAGUUCUGGUUACAGCUAAUAUGUAAUCGUAAUUUCAUUCCACUCGCAGCUCUCCAUUUUCCGUCGGAAUUAGGUUCUCGACGGUCUCAUCCAAGUUUUCCACUGGUCCGGUUGGAGGCUCUGGCUGGGAUGGGCCGCCUUCGUCUGAUGGAGGGACUACAGCUGCCACAUUUGUUUGCUCGAGGGAUGUUGUCGCAGUGGGCACGUUAGUAUGGGGCCCGGGUUCCAACACUGUCGACGACGAUGCCGUCCCCGAGGCCGCUGCAGGUGUAGCUGUGGCAGUCGGGGUCGAAAUCGGCAGGGCACUCCUCAUGCGCAUCAAGUCAUCGAUGCAUCGGUACACGGCGCUGGAGACACCCUCCAGAACUCGCAGUCUUUCGUCGAUGGCCUCCCUAGUGACCUGGUCCAUGAUAGCCAACUGUGCAUCCGUCAGGUUCGGAGGAAGUUGCGAAAUUGGAGGGCGAGGGUUGUAUCGAGAUUCCGAGCGAAGGCCUGUGCGGGUGGUGCGAGAUGGACGAGGGGCUGAGCUCGUGACACCUGCAUUGCUGUAAUCGUACAGCGGGAUGAGCGCAGGCAACUGGGCGCGUUUCUCAGUCGAGGCAGAGGGUGCGUCUGUUGUCAAAACCUCGGGGUCUUUCAAUUUGGGUACUUCUUGCCCAGUUGUUUGGGACGGCCCAGCAGUUUGAGGGGCACUAUCCCCACGUGUAGCAGCAGACGUCCCACCACUGUUGAAUCGCCGCAACGCAGCCAAAGCUGCAGCUUCUCGAGGAGUAGACGGGGUUGCAGACGACGCCACCGCUGGAGACGCAGCUGAUGGUUCUGGUGGUGUGUCGCUCGCCGGAGUAACCGAUGUCGCAUCCGAUGAAGCGGCGGGAAGAACCUCGCCAGGAUCAUGCGGUUGCUGCGCACCGUCGUCAAUUGGAGGCCACGGUUGCCAUGCGCCGUCAGGACCGGGAAAGCCUUGGAAUUGCGGCGGUGGCUGGACUGCUGGUUGGUCUGGUUGGCGAGGGUUCUGUUGCUGAACGUGAUAUUCGAUUAAAAUCGGCUGGCCGGGUGGAUUUGGAUUCUGGGCGUUGAGAUUUGGGAAGGGUCGAGCGGCUUGACCGUGAUUAGGCUGCUGAGGUUGCGGAAACCAUCUGUUGACCAAGCCGAAUGCAUUAUUCUGUCCAACAGCGGGAGCUGGAGCUGCAGGGUUCACUCCGGGUCCGGCAGCUGCCGCUUGAGCUGCAGCAUUGUUGGCGGGCCGCGGAGGUUGUUCGAGAACAUUCCGCCGACUAGGAAGUUGUAUUAACAGGACAUUGCUGGAAAGGACAGAGAGAUUUACCAGGUGGGGCAGCUUUGUUGACGCUCAAGCCAAGAACGAAGACAAUUGAAGUGGAAGAUGUGUCCACAAGGCAACUUCUUGGGUGUGGUAUUCGGCCCGUCUUGUGCCGGUGCCGGUGCUGCUCCCGGGGCAGCAGCAGCUUCCGCAGGUGGUGCAGGCAAGACCAUUUCUUCACGACAGAUGAUACAUGUGUGAUCAGACAUGGCAGCCAUUUCCGCCUCACUAGCAUUCGGAUAUCGCUGGUCCAUAUUGCGAGUAGCAGUCUGGUAUCGAUGCAGAGAGGAGAGUCGCGUGAUGAGUGAACGAGUGGUGACAUACACGUCUCGCAGGAUGUUGAGCGGAAGACCGUAGAAAGUCAUGAUGACCAGGAAGAACACCAAGUACGUGGUCAACUUCAAGAAAUCUGCCUCGGAGUCAAUGACGCCUUGGAUCAAGAGGAUGGACGCACCAGUCGCCAGUUCGACAUAAAAUAUCCACAUGCUCUUGCUUUCCCAUUGAGGCGCGUUUUCGCCUCCGCGUUGACUGGCACGGCGGAACUCGUACGUUGAAAGCAAGUACUUGCAGACCGUAUUUGAAACGGUGGCCAUGAGGAUACCAUACUGGAGUAUGAUAUGAAUUUGUGGAUUGUACGCUGGCGCCUGCAUGGCGUACCUCGCUGGCAAACAGAACCAUGCCUCCAAUCCCGUUUACGAUGGUACUGUCCACAGCAAACAUAAAGACGAGGAAGUCGAUGCUCCAGAGCAGAAAGAACAACGCGCUCAUGCGGACGUGGAAAAGAAGCGGUGGUCCCGGGUACGGCCGUUGGUCCAUCUUCGAACGACAUUAGCAUGUUAUCGACUGCGGUGUGCAGAGAAGUAUCACCCAUUCAAUGCGGUCGGCAGCGAUCCAGUGGAAAGCUUUCACGAAAAGUAGAAAUCCGAACAUCAUAAUGAAAGUCGCGUCGAACUCGUCCCGGAAGAUGGUGAAUGCUAACAGAGACUCGGUGACGAAGAACCACAGGCGGUCAUAUAGUCGCUGUUGGAUGCAUCAGUACUCAUUCACCCGACCCGACUGCACUAUACCUCGACUUCGCUGGGGCGUAGCGCACCGAAGAAGAUUUUCUGAACCACAUGAGCCGUCAACAGUGCCGCAAUGAAUCCAAAGUUGGCGAGAACCUAGGAUGUCCUGAGUGAUAGCCCAGGCGCCUUUUCAAAGAGCUCACGAGCACACUCCUGCUGCUCUUUGACAGAUAUAUGGCCACCGAGUAGAAGUUGCUGUAGUUUCUCAAUGCAUUCGCGAUGGCGGCAGAGACGGCAAAGAACGAGAAGACAGCGUAGAGAAGAAGUCUAUGGGUGCUUAUGGACCCUGUAAGCGCCUGCGUCCGUUCACGCAGAACCUGCGCUAUGGGCGGCAUCUGAAAGUUGUGGUUGCCGACGCGUGAUGAAAUGACACGUCGUGCUACAAGCGUGGCGCGAGCUAUCGGAUCAUAAUACUUGGGCGUCUAUCAGUGGGAAUAACAGCCACGUGUUCGGAUUUGUUGAUCCACCAACGCGACAACCAGUAGAUGAAUCUAUGAAUGGAGCGGGAUGAUAGAUUACUCCACAUAUGCACUCACUAGCCACCAUUCUUCAUUCACAUAACAGCACAACUGCAGUUUGUGCAGAAAGGGAUCUCCACGUGACUGUCCGUCUGUGCAUCGGCUAAGUACCACGGUUGAUGAUCGUAUGGCAUCCAUCCAUUGCCGAAGACUGGUAUCUUCACGGUCCUGACCCACCACUUCGAGCAGAGCAAAUAACGCGACAGGAGCGCUUACAUAAUCCCCAGCCUAUCUUGCGCUUACCUUCCCUACGUGAAUUGAGGUUUCUACGCGAAUUACCCCGGAUCUUAAUAGUCCAGGGCAUUUGGUAUUUAGGCGCCUAACUGGUGACAUAGGCUUGCUGCUUCAAUAGAGCCUGCCCAGAACGUAUCGAGAGGUUUCUUUUUUUGCCUUGGUCUGGACCCACACUUUGCCCUCUCUCAUGGCGACGCUGCGCCAACGUCGUUCGGCAGAGAAACCGCUGCUCGAUUCAUCUGCAAAACCAAGCGAUACAUUGCCCCCUUCUCGAGCAUCUGGGGGGCGUUUGCACACUGGAUCUUUUCGGACUGUAGUCUUUGGAUCGCUUUGUCUGGGGCUUUGGUGGUUCAAUCGCACCGAGACGUCCGUCACCGACUACUCUCGUCCCUAUGCACUCUGCUCCCACUCUCAGACCGAUGUCUACACUGUCGAUGCUGUGAACACUCAAAGGCAGUGCAUUCUAGUCCAGCACGGCCUCGUCGGUCUCACUGGGUCUUUAGCGGAGCUUCAAAUGCACUGGAAUAAUCACGCGAUUUCCAACUCGAAACUGCAAGUCCGAUUUAUCCCGUCCGGGGCCAUCAUCGUUCCCGGGCUCAGCGACGCUCAUGCUCAUCUGCUGGAGUAUGGUGCCAGCAAGCAGCUCGCACUGGAAGGCACCCAAAGCAUCGCUGAGACAGUCACUCGAGUAAGGGAUUACGUUCUGGGCAACUCCGAUAUCAAAGCCAAUCCGAAUGCCUACGUUCUCGGAGGCGGGUGGGAUCAUACUUCAUGGUCGACCACCCGGUGGCCCACUGCCGAAGAUCUGGAGCAGGAUCCAGUGCUCAAAGGUCGACCGAUCAUCUUGCAGAGUAAGGACUGCCAUGCGCUCUGGGUGUCAGAGAAGGUGAUCUCUGCGAGCGGGCCUUUCCCCCCGGCAGUGGAUGGCGGUGUCAUCUUCCGCCAGGACAAUGGAAGCCCGAACGGAAUGUUUCUAGACAAUGCACAGGAUUUGUUGGCCCAACCGGAGCUGAGCGACGACGAGCUCCAGCGCCGCUUCGCGACUGCGAUCAAGGAUGUUGUCUCCUUUGGUGUGACUGCGGUGCACGACGCCGGGUUGAAUCCUGCGUCGCUCAAGUUUUUUGCCAAACAGGCUGCACUCAACAAACUCCCUAUCCGGAUCUAUGCUAUGCGUUUCUUUGAUGAACGUGAAGAAUACUGGGGCAACAAAACUGAACCUAUCAUCGAUGCAGGAAAUGCAAGACUCAACGCACGAAGCGUAAAGAUAUUCGCGGAUGGCAAGUACCUCAUUAACACGUGGCUAUGCUCUGAGCGAUCUGCAGGCGCUCUUCGCACCAGUGGCGCCGCGCUUUAUGAGCCCUAUCAUGAUGAUCACGGGACCACUGGUGCUAUGAGACUGACCCCGGAAGUGUUGCAACGUUUUGUGCCGCUGUUUCUGCGGGACGGAUGGCAAGUGAACGUGCAUGCUAUCGGAGAUCGAGCGAACGGGAUCGUGCUAGAUGCCUUCGAGUCCUCGCUCCAAGGUGCCAAUGUGACAGCUCUGCGCCCUCGUUUGGAGCAUGCCCAGAUCGUGACCCAGGCUGACCGGGAGAGGCUGGCUAAGCUAGGAGUCAUCGCCAGUGUCCAGCCAACUCACGCAAUCUCGGACAUGUCCUAUGCUCAAGAUCGGCUUGGUCCGGAGCGUGUCAAAGAUCUCUAUGCUUUCCGGUCUAUCAUUGACAGCGGGGCCAGGAUUGCACUCGGCUCGGAUUUUCCCGUCGAGUCGCCGAACCCCGUGCUUGGGUUCUAUGCUGCCAUAAGCCGCCUUUCUCCCGAAGGGACUUCUCCCCACGGCCCCGGCGGAUGGUUUCCCGAACAACGUCUCACUCGUGCAGAAGCUUUGAGAGGGAUGACCAUCGAUGCGGCCUAUGCAUCAUUCACCGAAAAAUCGCUUGGAUCCUUGGAACGGGGCAAGCGCGCGGAUUUUGUAAUCUUGUCCAAGGACAUCAUGUCCGUCCCUCUCGACGAAAUUUUGUCCACCAAGGUCGUCGCCACCGUGCUCGAUGGAGUUCCCGUUUAUGGCGGCUUUUAAGUCGGUGUUGAUCGGACACAGAUACAAUUUCGUACUGGACUUUUUCGUACCGGAUCCCUCUGGACUUGGAAUUUCA